GUCCGACCAAUUAUCACCAUCCUCUCCAUUCCAUGUGUACCCACUGAGAAGAGAAGCCCUCGCUCUUCUCCCUCUCCAUUGCUCCAUUGCUCCAUUGAAGAGAGAGAGAGAGAGAGAGAGAGAGAGAGAGAGAGAAGGGUUCGCAGUGGCAAUGGCGUCCAUCCCUUGCGGCUUCAAUCUCCCAAUCUCUUGGCGUGCGGUGAGUUCUUCUUCGAGCUCGGUGGAGACGCUGAGAUCUCCAUUCAUCUCCGCCACGAGGAGGCUUGGAUGGCUCCGCCCUUCUAGCUUGAGGUCCAAGCUAGGGCACGCCUCCUCCGGCUUCAGAGCCACCAGCUGGUUCAACUUCCGCAAGGACUCUGAGGGCGCCGGCAUCUAUGGCAGCCAAUCUCGCGAUGAUUUCGACCGUGAUGAUGUCGAGCAGUAUUUUAAUUACAUGGGAAUGCUAGCGGUUGAAGGCUCAUACGAUAAGAUGGAGAUUCUUCUAAAUCAAAACAUUCAUCCCGUAGAUAUCCUGUUGAUGAUGGCCUCAUCCGAAGGUGAUAAACCGAAAAUUGAGGAACUCUUAAGGGCUGGUGCCAAUUAUGAUGUUAAGGAUAGCGAUGGAAGGACAGCCUUGGAUAGGGCAGCAAGUGAUGAGAUCAAGGAAUUCAUUCUCGGGUUUUCUGUCAAGAAUGCAUGAUUCAUGGUUUUGUUAAUUUAGCCCGCUUUUUUUUUUGUGCUUAAUUAUUAGCUUGUCUGUAUCAAUAAGUAUUGCUCAUUUAGAAUGUAGAUCAGUAUUUUUAUGUUCUUAUUUCAAGUGCCAAAACCUGUUAUUUUAUGUGUAGAUUCUGGGUUUUGAUAUUUUGAGCAGCUGAAGUGGUUUGUUUGAUCUGUUUGUAGUUAUGGUUGGAGAACUAAUGUUUCUUAAAGCCUGAAAUUGUCAGCA